AUGAAAGACAUCAAAUUCUAUGUGCAUCAACAAAUAAAAGAGUACCAGCUAACGUCAAAGUCUAAAGGGUUCUUUCGACUUACUCCGCAGAAUGAAGUUAGAAUUUCCAAAAGGCUCCUAAAAAGGAAGUCUGAUAAGACUUUGAUUCACCUAAUUAAGCAAAGAGAUAAUCUCAAUAGAAAAAUCUACGAGUUACUAGAUGAUGCUGCCAAACACGAUAAACCGGAUGAAAUUACAGAUAUCCAAGAGGCCAAGGAAUUUAUCAGGAGACGUCUUUUGAGUCAAGAGGAUGUGGUUACUCAACUACGAGCUUUGGCGUCAAGUCAUAAGCAGUUUCAGGACGAUGUUACGAAACAGAGAAUACAAUUAAUUCGUGAACUAGAAAUGGGGAAACCUGAUUGCUCGGUUUCACUGACAAAAUCCAAUGCAAAGGAUGGGGACACAAAGACUGAUGUGAAUCCAAACGAAAAGCUUCGAGAGUUUUAUUUCAAUGUAUCUGACUCGCAAAGAAGGCUAGCUAUAACAUCAGAAUCGUUACUUAGACAGUUGGGGGUGCCUUUUUUUGCUCUUGGAAGUGAAAACGCCCGCUUGGUGAACAACAAAGAAUUACAGAAACAAAAAGAAUCUGUCUUGAACUUCAUCCAGAGUAUGUUGAAGUAA